UGCGCUAAAGUGUGCGUUAGUCAAAACUCCAACGCCGUCGCUUUUUUUUCCACCAGAUGUCAACUUGGAUCCGUUUGUUUUUGAAGCCCCAUGGCUGAAAACAUGAGCGAGCACUGUGUAUAGUAAUGAUUAUUUUAUUUUUUUACGAAAACUCGAUCAAGGUAACUGACAGAAGUCCUGCAGAGUGAAAAUGGAGCAUGAAUUUGAGGACACGGAUUCAGAAGGCCGGUGGCACAACCUCUACAUAGAAAUCCGUAACCAGUCUCAGGAAUGUCCUUUCAAAGUGGCAAAGUAUCCCGAGAAUCGGAACCGCAACAGAUACAGAGACGUCAGUCCCUUUGAUCACAGCCGGGUGAAGUUGGGGAACUGUGAGAACGACUACAUCAACGCGAGCCUGGUGCCCGUGGAAGAAGCCCAAAGAAGCUACAUACUAACUCAGGGUCCUCUCGGAAACACUUGUGGUCAUUUCUGGCUGAUGAUCUGGGAACAGAAAACAAAAGCAGUCAUCAUGCUGAACAGAGUGAUUGAGAAAGGCUCGGAGAAGUGUGCACAGUACUGGCCCAUGCAGGAGGAACACGAGAUGGCGUUUCGGGACACGCGCUUUAUCGUCAAGCUGCUAUCAGAGGACGUUAAGUCUUACUACACCACACGCUUACUGGAGCUGCAGAACGCAAACACGGGGGAGAAGAGAGAAAUCUACCACUUUCAUUACACCACAUGGCCCGACUUUGGUGUCCCAGAAUCCCCGGCGUCCUUCCUCAACUUCCUGUUUAAGGUGCGCGAGUCAGGAUCGUUAGGGGCAGAUCACGGGCCGGCGGUGGUACACUGCAGCGCGGGGAUCGGACGAUCUGGAACAUUCUCCCUCGUCGACACCUGUCUCGUACUGAUGGAUAAAAGGAAAGACCCGUCCUCUGUGGACAUUAAGAAGGUGCUGCUGGACAUGAGGAGGUACAGGAUGGGUCUGAUCCAGACUCCUGACCAGCUCCGCUUCUCCUACAUGGCCGUGCUGGAGGGGGCCAAGUGCAUCAUGGGAGAUUCAUCAGUACAGAAACAGUGGCAGGAGCUCUCCAGAGAGGAUCAGGUGUGUGUGACCGAGUCUCCGUCGCCACCCAAAUGUCCAUCAGAGCGCUACAACGGCACGCGGAAGCUCCGAGUGGACGGCACUGGAGAGACCGAUGGAGCGAAAAAAACAACAAAAGAUGAAAGAGAAGCGGACGGAGAGACGUGCGCGGCCAACGCACGCAAGAGACAGAGAGAUGAGAAGAUCUCCAUUUCUGCACAGAAAGCUCCUCAGAAGCAGCCGAAGCCCAGGACAAACGAGACAGAGAAGAAGAGGAAAAGAGCGAGAACGACCAGCGACACUUAACGCCUCGGCAACCGCUGCAGGGAUCUCCAGACCAUAAUACUCCUCUGCACUGUUUACAGCAUGGACUCUCUGAGGAGCGAGUGUGUCCUCCCUCUCUCUCUCUCUCUCUCUCUCUCACACACACACCAGCAGAGCGGCGCUGGACUCGAGCGCACCGCCUUGACUUUGAUCUCAGUUUCAGUUUUAAUUCUACACAUCUGAAGUUGUAGUUCUAUGCAUCACUGAUUUGUAACAUCCUAUUUUUCUUAGACAACUGUGUUAUUUCUGAAAUUCUCUAUUUUUUAUAUCAGAGACGACUUUGGAGCUUCGCUCGUGUCCGAGACCUGCUGUGCUUGUAGAGGUACCGCGGUACGGCAGAAUUAAACAAAACUAUUUUUGAUAAGACGACGCGUUCGCUUUAAAGAGGAACGACAGGAAAAAAAGUCUUACGAAUUUUCUCGAGUGAAAUAAAACGCUGCAUUGUCUUUAGUUUGUGUAUCAGUGAGCGGCGCUGUCGUCCCAUUGUAUUAAAGCUCCACUUUUUUACAAAAUAAA